UCAUUCUAAACUCGUACUCGCUCUGAUAACUUUACCGACUACCUUAACAAAAAUUAGUUAACAAUUAUAUUUUGCACUUUCUUAGAUUUACACUCACUAUGACGGCUAAGAAGACCACGUUCGAUAUGAUGAACUUGGGGUAUCCUAUUAACUCGGAUCCUUAUGAGGUGGAAAGCCAGUCGUCGGUAUCGCCAAAGGAGCGAGCCCAAACAGUAUUGUCCCAUAAGGAACUCAGGUACAAGCUGUACAAGGAGGCCCAGAACAUGAUGCCGGACUUUCUUCGGGACCCGUCUUCUAGUUCGGAUGACUCCGAUGAUAUUGAAAUUCCAGAGACACCGUACGAAAGGGCACGUCGCCUAACCUUUGCUCGACGCCGCAGAUUGCACUACAAUGAGUUUGCCACGGUAGAACUGGCCAGGCGACUGAUCCACGAUGAGUUCAAUACCUCGGACACAAGUCUUCGCAGCGAGUAUGACGGCUUGCUCCCGGAAGCCGUAGAGGCGGAGUGUCCACCUUGUGAGGAGCAAUCCAAGGAGUCUAUUGCGUUUAUCCAAUAUAAUCGGCCUACAAUCACUUCGCAUAUGUCAGACGACAGUAUGCCGAAGGAGGAUCCUGAGCCGGGAUUCCAUCCCACUCAUCACUGCUACAGCAAGCUAAUAAGUACCUUCGCAAUACCACCAGUCGUGGAGAUUUCCCUACCCGAAUUCGGAACAAGCACUAUCUGCUGUACCAACUGCACCGAUACCAACUGCACCACCACCAAUUUCGCCACCAUCUGUGAAGGAAGAAGAACCCGAAGAACCGGAAGAACCAGAUCCUGAGGAGAAUCCCGAUAUGAACAUCGAUGUGUUAAAGCACACUCGAGUCAUUGACCGUGGCGAGCAAUUUGACUUGAAGAGUCCUGUUGAAAAAGCACGGAAAAGCAAUCGUUCAACCAUUUCGAAGAAAUCUAGAAGUUCUAAAGGGCGUCAGCUAUAAAUUAAAAUCAAAUAGCACACACCAAGUAAUUCAAGUUACGCAAGCCGUUGUCCGCUUUGGUUAAGGUUGAAAUGCUAUAGCCACCAAUGACAUAAAAAAAUAUUAAUAUUUUCAAGAAUUUAUAAAUAAAAUAUGGGGACAGAAAAUAGUUAUGGGUGACAUAUAACAUAAAUGCUUGUUCAGAGCCUACUAGUUUAAAAUCAUUUGCUAAUAAAAUUGCCAAGGCUUAA